GAGAGUGGAUGAAAUUUAUUAUAAUACGUUGUAGAAGUAGUACUUUUGUUCCAUUAUACCGUUUCUUUGUGGUUAUAAUUGUUUAACGAACCUUAAUACAAUUGUAUCCAUCCAUUGUUCAUAUCCUUAAUUUAGUAUAUCCUACUGUUUAAUUUGUAUUUGAUAUUUUCAAAUAAAGUUAUUUAAAUUGAGAAGUUACUUUGGAAAAAGUAUAUGUUUCGAUUUCCUGUGAGUCAGUUAAUUGUUAUGCGCAACAUGAGUAUUUUUACUCAGUGUCUAAAUCCUUUAACCGGUAUUAUUACUUGGGAAGAAAAAGAUGAAAAUUAUGAUUAUCAUCAAGAAGUUGCUAGAUCAGCAUUUGCUGAUAUGUUACACGACCAUGAAAGAAAUGAAAAAUAUUACGUUGCUCUUAAAACUGCAAUUGAAAGAAAGCAUCAAACUGGAGAAGAAGCUAAUGUAAUUGAUAUAGGAACUGGUACUGGGUUAUUGUCAAUGAUGGCUGCCAAAUGUGGGGCAGAUAGUGUAACAGCAUGCGAGGCUUUUACACCAAUGGCUAAAUGUGCUAUAAAAAUAAUAGAAGAAAAUGGUUUUGAAAAUAAGAUCAAAUUAAUACACAAACGUUCUACAAAAAUGACAGUGGGAAAGGAUGGUGAUAUGGUUAAGAAAGCAAACAUUUUAGUUACAGAAGUAUUUGAUACUGAACUUAUCGGAGAAGGAGCUCUUUCUACGUUUCGUCAUGCUCAUGAAUAUCUCCUUGAAGAGAAUAGUAUAGUAGUACCACAUACUGCUACUGUUUGGGUACAAGUUGUUGAGAGUCCAGCUAUACAUGCGUGGAAUACAAUACAACCGAUACAAUACAAAAACAAAUACUUGUUAAGUACACCACAUUGUGUAAAGUCUUGUUUUGGAGCAGCUGCAGUACAUGAUAUACAAUUAACAGAAUUUCCUCGUAAUGCAUUUAAACCAUUAUUACCACCUCAGGCUAUUUUUAGAUUUGAUUUGUCUGGUAAAACACCUCUACAGUAUGAUGAGAAAGUAUGCUUGCGUGUAAAACCAACUUCAACUGGUACAGCACAUGCUAUUUUCAUGUGGUGGGAUUUAAAUAUGGAUAUAGACAAUCAGGUUUUGUUAAGUUGUGCACCAGUAUGGGAACAUCCUAAUACAAAAAAGUUACAAGAUGAAGGUAUAAGUCUUACAAAAAUAGCAGAUUUAAUACCUUGGAGGGAUCACUGGAUGCAAGCUAUCUAUUACUUACCUAUAGAAACAUCAGUCAUUGCUGACAACGGAAUUAGUUUGAUUGGAUAUCAUGAUGAAUAUUCUCUUUGGUUUCAAUUGAUAAAUGAAUCAAUAAGUGAAAUACCAGAUUGUAAAAGACCUAUCUGCAGUUGCGGUGUUCACGUAGCUUAUUGUAGAACACGUAUAGGACAAUUAAAUGAUGAAAAACGAAAUGAAAAAUAUAUUAAAGCACUGGAAGAGAAGGUUACAUCAGAAACAGUUUGUUUAUGUUUGUCAGAUAGUUGUUUACUAAGUCUUGCUGCUAUAAAAUUAGGCGCAAAGAAAAUAUUUAUUUUAGAGACCAAUUUUCUAUCCAGAAAAUGUACAGAAAUGUUUAUAAAAGCAAAUGAACUCUCAGAAAAAGUACAUAUCAUUGAAUCAGUAGAUGAUUUGCCUCCAGAAAACACAAUUAAUUUAAUUUUUGGCGAACCGUAUUUUGUUACUUCCAUUAUACCAUGGGAAAAUCUUUAUUACUGGUAUCUCUCAUCAAAAUAUUCAUCUCAAGUAGAAAGAAUUCCGAUUGCAGCAACAAUUAUGGGUGUUGCGGUUGAAUUUAAAGAUUUACAUAAAAUACGGGCACCGCUUGGAAUCUGUGAAGGUUUUGAUUUAUCUAUAUUUGAUAAACUUGUUCAGGCAUCAAGCGAGAAAAGUGAUAGUCCAAUAGAAGCUCAACCAUUAUGGGAGUACCCUGCUAAGGCACUAAGUUUACCUUUUAUUAUUCAAGAAUUCGAUUUGACACAGAAUGCAAAUGAAUAUAAAAAUAUAAAUAUUUCAAAUACCGUUUCUAUAUUAGAGAAUGGAUCAUGUAAUGGUGUGGCUUUAUGGGUUGAUUGGCAUUUGAAUUCCGAAAUUACAGUAUCUUCUGGACCUACUACAGAAAUACAGCCUGGUAAACGGAUAUCAUGGGAUCCGUUUACGAGACAAGGUGUGCAUUUAUUUAGAGACAUAACAAAUGUUACACAACAAAAUGUUCUUCAAUGGUCAUUUGUCUUUGUACCACACCAUGGAAAUAUGACAUGUGAUUUUCAUAUGUUGUCAAAAACUAUGAAAUAACGUGACGCAAUAUUUAUAAAAAUAUGUUUUUAAAUUAAAGACGUUACUUGUUUAUAUA